AUGGAUUUCUGGGUUCUUGCCACUCUUGCCCUUGUCUGUUUUUUAUUUUUCCAGUUAACAUGGAGCAAAGGAUAUAAAGCAAGGAGGCUCCCACCUGGCCCAAUUCCUCUUCCCAUCCUUGGGAACAUGCUACAGAUGGACUCCAAGGAUCGCUUUACAUUUUUUGACAAGAUGUCUAAAAAGUAUGGCCCUGUGUAUACUGUGUACGUAGGGCUGCAGAGAAUUGUUGUACUGCAUGGAUAUGAAGCAAUAAAGGAAGCUCUGAUUGACCAGGGAGAUGACUUUCUAAACAGAGCACCCCUACCAAUAUUUGAGGAUAUCUUAAAAGGACACGGAUUUUUUUCAAGCAAUGGUGAAAAGUGGAGGCAGAACAGACGUUUCUCCCUCAUGACCCUGAGGAACUUUGGGAUGGGGAAGAGAAGUAUUGAGGAGAGAGUGCAGGAAGAAGCCCAGUGUCUGGUGGAGGAGCUCUGGAAAACAAAGGGUCAGUUCUUUGACCCCACCUUCAUCCUGGGCUGUGCUCCCUGCAAUGUGAUCUGCUCCAUUCUCUUUAACAAUCGCUUCAACUAUGAUGAUGAGACAUUUCUGAGACUAAUGAGAAUGUUCAAUGAAAACUUUCGUCUCUCAAACACACUAUGGGUCCAGCUCUACAAUAUGUAUCCUUCACUCAUAAAACAUCUGCCUGGAAGUCAUAGAACCAUUCAUAAAAAUAUGGGCAAAGUUAGGGUUUUCAUAAUGGAUGAAGUGAAGAAGCAUCAGGAAACCCUAGAUCCGAACAAUCCUCGGGACUAUAUUGACUGUUUCCUCAUCAAAAUGCAACAGGAGAAACUGAACCCACAGUCUGUAUUCAACUAUCAGGAAUUGGUGGCCACUGCAUCUAAUUUGUUUUCUGCUGGUACAGAAACAAUAGCCAACACAGUGAGAUAUGGGCUUUUACUGCUCAUGAAAUACCCAAAGAUUCAAGCCAAAGUUCACGAAGAAAUUGACCGAGUCCUUGGCUCAAGUAGAAAACCCUCCAUGCAGGACAGAGUGAAGAUGCCUUAUGUGGAUGCUGUUGUGCAUGAGAUACAGAGAUAUAUUCAUCUUCUGCCCUUCGGUCUUCCACGAUUAGCAGUCCAGGACAUCCACUUCCAAAAAUAUGUGAUUCCCAAGGGCACAAGUGUAUUUCCCUUGCUCUACUCCAUCUUGUAUGAUAGAAAAGCAUUUCCGAAUCCAUACGAGUUUGACCCAGAGAACUUCUUAGACAAAUCUGGAAACUUUCAGAAGAAUGACCACUUUGUACCUUUUUCUUUGGGAAAACGCCUCUGUCUUGGAGAGAACCUGGCACGUAUGGAGGUGUUUCUCUUCCUGACUACUAUUCUGCAGAACUUCACUUUGAAGCCCAUGGUUGAGCCAAAAGAACUUGACACCACCCCACUCAGAACUGGACUUGUCAACAUCCCCCCAAUGUACAAGUUAGCUUUUAUUCCUAGAUAAAAUGAUGGACAGUCUUUAUUUUAUGGUCAUAUAAGUUAGUUUCAUUGCUUUGUUCCCGUAACACAGACAGUCAAUAUUUUAAAUGAUUAUCAACGUAUUCUUGGUGUUUGGUGUUUGGAAGACAUUGCUACCCUCCCCAAGGUAAAAACAGUUUCUGGAAGAAAAUUAGGGAAACAUUUGAAGACAGGAAAAGAGAACAACAAUAAUAUAUAAUAUGAUUACAUUUUUUAAAAAGCCACAAAAUGGAGGGAAAAACUAUCAAAAUAAAACAAAUCCAAAAGGAACUCAAAAAUAAAGAAUCUUUAUUUCAGAACACAAACACAAUUUACCUAUUUUAAACAGAAUAUAAAUGAUCUAGAUAUUAUGUUUUAACAUGUUAUUUUAUGCAUUUGUUUAUUAAAUGAUUUUUGAUGAAGGUGGUAACUAAGUGUAUAAUAUUUUUUAAAAAGAACAGUAAUUACACAGUUCCUGCAAGAGAGACAUACAUGACCAAGGAACAAUAACAACAUCAUUCUUGCUCCUCUUGUUUGGCAACAGCAAAGAAAUACUCCAAAGGGAAAUCAUAUGCUCAGUUCAAGGGUUUAUUCUGAAUCUUAAGAAAUUCUGGAAAGGCUGCAAAUUGUCCUUGGCAAAUGGUUCUAAAUCUUGUUGUAGUAUUGAUUAUAGAAAAAUAAAGGAAUCUCAUCUUAGAA